GAGCGAGCAAGCGCAAGCCCGACGCUGACUUUCGUUGACUUAACGGCCACAGGUGUCACUGUUAACAAGCAUUUCUGAAAGUUACAAAUAGUCCCUUUAAGUGUCAAUGUUAAGUUAAAUGUUAAGUUUUGUUAAUGGAAACAUUACUACCCAAAACAGUCAGUCCUGUACAGUUCAAAUACUGCUGCAUAAAAUGGAAUUUCUUUUAAUAAUAUGCUGUUUGGAGUGAUUUUCAGUAUAAUAAAUCCUGAAAAAUAUGUUUUCUAUGAUUUAAUCUUGUGAUAAAAGGUUACGUCUGACAGAAUUUGUUUGGCCCCCGGCAACAAUCUGGAUUUCUCACGUGGCCCCCCCAGAAAAAUAAUUGCCCAACCCUGGUAUAUAUGAACCUGGGGACCACGCAUGGGUUUAACAUUUUUUGCAGUGUGCAUCCCUGGUUGCAUCACAUGACCCGUUAAUCUUCGGGUGUAUUUCCGCGUUCACGACGGCCGAGCUGUUAUCAAUGACUCUCCAUGACUCUCUCCAUGGGUGUGCAGGGCUUUAACCUAAUGCAUCACAGCCGUCUCCAUCAUCCUCUCCUCCGGCUGCGGCUGUUGUCUCCGCUGAGCGCUCAAUGAAUGAAGCUGUAACCAUCUGAGGUCAUCCUCCUCCUCCUCUUCCUUCCUCCUCCUUCCUCCUCCUCCUCUUCCUUCCUCUUGUUCUCCAUCGAGCCGUCCUUCGAGCAGCGCGGCCGAGCUGGGGGGGAAUCCGGGUAAAGGUAGCCGCGGCGCCGCGCAGCACCACCGGCCGACGGACACCACCCCGCCGCGACGCGCCACCAACAUGCUCACCCGGGUCAAGUCCGCAGUGGCCGGGUUCAUGGGUGGCAUCAUGGCCGGGGGCAGCUCCGGCGGAGCGGGCAACACGGGCUCCGAGCUGCCGCUGAGAUUCCCCUACAUGAGACCCGAGUUUCUGGGACUGUGCCCGGAUGAGAUCGAGUGCUCCGCGGACCACAUAGCCCGGCCCAUCCUCAUCCUGAAGGAGACCAGGAGAUUACCGUGGGCCACCGGAUACGCUGAGGUGAUUAAUGCUGGUAAGAGUGCGCUGAAUGAGGACCAGGCCUGCUGCGAGGUGGUCGUAGCGAGAAGGAGGCCGAUGAGCUACUGCCCCCCCUCCACACCCAGCAAGACCCCCACAGCCAAGAGACGCAACUCGCUGCCCAACGGAGAGGGCUUGGGGCUCCGCGUGGAGCACAGCAAGCUGGGAGAGGACAGCGAAGGGCUGGUGUUCCACUACUGGGCCUUGUUCGACGGCCACGCUGGCUCGGGUGCAGCCGUUGUCGCCUCCCGCCUGCUGCAGCACCACAUCGCCUGCCAGCUCCAGGCCGUCAUCGAGAUCCUACGCAACCUAGCCUCCUUGCCCCCGACCGUCCUUGGCGAGGAGCCCAACGACAACAACCCCUACCUCCAGGGAAACACCCCGGGCCCUCACCGAGGCCUGACCCGGGCCGCUUCUCUGCGUGGGGCCGCCGGCGCACCAGGUUCCCCGAGCAACACCCCGCCUCCACCACGCUUCUUUACCGAGAAGAAGAUCCAGCACGAGAGCCUGGUGAUCGGAGCCAUAGAGAACGCCUUCAAAGAGAUGGAUGCCCAGAUCGAGAGGGAGAAGCAAUUGUAUAACAUCACAGGAGGGUGUACGGCUCUCUCUGUGGUUUACCUGCUGGGAAAACUAUACGUUGGGAAUGCAGGCGACAGCAGGGCUAUCAUUAUCAGAAACAAUGAGAUCAUUCCCAUGUCAACAGAGUUCACACCGGAAUCAGAACGACAGCGACUUCAGUUCCUGGGUUUUAUGCAGCCUCACCUGUUAGGAAAUGAGUUCACGCACCUGGAAUUUCCCCGGAGAGUUCAGAGGAAGGAGGUGGGCAAGAGGAUGCUCUACAGAGAUUUCACCAUGAACGGAUGGGCAUACAAGACCAUCGAGGAUGAAGAUCUCAAGUUCCCACUGAUAUAUGGGGAAGGGAAAAAGGCACGAGUGUUGGCGACCAUCGGUGUGACCCGUGGGCUUGGUGACCAUGACCUCAAAGUUCAUGACUCCAACAUCUACAUCAAACCGUUCCUUUCCUGUUGCCCCGAGGUUCAGGUGUACAACCUGAUGCAGUAUGAGCACGGGGCUGAUGAUGUUCUGGUAAUGGGAACCGACGGCCUCUGGGACGUCCUCUCCAACCAGGAAGUAGCCGAAACCGUCACCACAUUCCUCGCCAACUGUGACCCCGAUGACCUACACAGGUAUACAAUGGCAGCACAAGACCUGGUAAUGCGAGCGCGUGGCGUGCUGAGGGACCGAGGCUGGAGGAUCACCAACGAGCGCCUGGGCUCCGGAGACGACAUCUCGGCCUUCAUCAUACCGCUGAUGUACGGCAACCGUCAGCCCUGAGGAGCCCGGCAGAGGCGCUGCGGCUCAAAGGCUCUUAAACUGAGAAUCCACGUUUCAGUUUCCUCAGUGCCGUUUGCACAUUUGUUUUCUCUUCCUUAGACCAAGGAUAUACUAAUGUUUGGAUAUUGGUUGGUGUUUCAUAUCUCUGUAGGAGUUCAGAAUUGGUCGGGCACCACAUUUGGCUGCUCGGGGGAACGCUACAGUCAGCUCUGCUUUGUUUCAAUUCAGACACAUGGUGAUAAAUAAUGUGGCCUGUUUAAAGUUAAUAACAGUGAUGGAGUGAGUGCCCCUGAACUUCUGCAGAGAUUUGAAAGCUGAAAUAGACGAAUGCUCUUCCAAAGCGAAGAAAAUACCUCUUUUCUUUCUGUUCUUCGUACCUCUCUUGCAGUGCUGUACAUGACCCAUCUUCUUCCCUCUCUUUUAGCCCCCCCCUCUGCUCCUAUACUGUACAGUCAACUUGUUUAUAUAUAAAAAAGAAGCCCUCCGUCUCGUGACCAUGGACCGAGCUGACGGGUCAGCUGCAUUUUCUGUUUCGCCACAGUGUGGCUUUGAAGGAUUCACGUGCCGAAGAACUGCUUCCAGAUUGCUUUACAGAUUACAGACUGAUUGCAGCGAUGAGAUGUUGGCCCCCGACCCCGCAUUGCCGUUCCCAUUCUGAGCAUCAUGUUGUCAUUUCAGAGGCUUUCAGUUGGUGCGAGCCCAGGAAACCUGAAAUCUUUUGUCACAUGGAAAGUUUAAGGGGGGGGGGGUUUCAUUGUUUCAUGUGUGUUUCGUGUUUCUGGGAAUGUGGACACAAGAAAAGAGACGAGGACCUGAAGUUGACCACCUCACAGUAGUGAGGCAAAUCAGUUUUACUGUGGAGUGAGAGCUCUUCAGCCUGUAUGGGGACAUAGUUUGAUGGUUUAUGGACAAAGUUUGAUAUGAAAAUUGUGUGAUGUCAAUUAACAUCUGCAUAGAAAAAGGUGUACACUCGUACAAGUCAUUUAAUCUGAUAUGGAGUCUUAAAAUUGAAAAAAAUGCUCCUAAAUAUCAACCUGUUGGUCAUCAGUUCGUCUACUUUGUGUUAAGUUGCAGCUAGUUGGCAAUUAGCAGUGAUGGUUACGUUAUUUUAUCUUGGCUGGGGUCUUUAAUAACCCAUGUCACUUCAUGAAACAUCUAUGCUUCAGCAUUUGCUGAGAGUUAGAUGAUAAGAUCGACACUACAUAUCUGUGCGUUAGGAGACCGUUAGCUCAAAGCUAAAGACUGGAAGCAGGGGGAAAUGGCUAGCUUGGCUCUGCCCAAAGGUUUAAAAAAGUUCUCUAAAACCUCAAAAGACAUUACACCACACUUGUGUAUGAGUUAAACAAAGGAGAUAUUACAUGUUCGCUUGGACAGAGCCAGGCUAGCUUUGUCCCGCUGCUUCCUGUCUUUAAACUAGCUAAGCUAACGGUUUCUUGCUAGCUAGCUUCGUCAAGUCAAACUUUAUUUAUAUGACACGUUUAAAAAAACAACCGCAGUUGACCAAAGUGAUGAACAUGUACAUAAUACAAAUUAAUACAAAGCAAGCAACAAUAAUAACUGAGUAAAUAUAAUGCACACAUAAUAGCAGUAAUUUAAUGUACAAACAUGAGAGUGGUGUCAAUGUUUUCAGCUAACUCUCGGCAAGAAAGCGAAUACGCUUUUUUCCCAAAAUGUCAACCAAUUCAUUUUAAGAAAAUAUUUUAUACACUGAGAUCCUUGGAAUUUGUUGUAAAUUGAGUUAUUAAUGCCUUAGUUUUUAAAAAAGUGACAACCUCAUGAGACUAUACAUUAGAUUAGAUGACUUGUACAUCAGUAUACUCGCACUUUAGGCUGACCCACAUCAUGAACCAAGCAGCCAUGAUAUAUAGACCAUUUCACAGUUGCUACGUAAACAGUCCACAUGUGUCCCAGUUUAUUUCCUGUUGCAGUGUAUGUGAACGGUAUAAACUGACAGGAAGUAAACAUGGACCCAAGCUGUUGCCUAGCAACGCAAUUCUGUUGAAACGGUCUAUAGAAUGAUGAAGAGGCAGAUAUUCCCUGCAGCAGGGAGGAUUGGAUUAAAUUAAUAAUUGUUGUUUUUAAAAUAAAUAAAUCAUGAAAUACAACCAAUCAAGUAAAUCUGAAGAAAAGAAACCGAACGUUUUCUUUUAACAUGUUUUGCAUGUUUCAUGAGCUUUAGAUGCUCGUUACAGAUACCCAUUUGUCUUCGGAGGGACAGGUUUGGAUGUAGUGAUGUAGUCGGUGCAUGCAGUGACAUAUUGUAGGCCUGGGAAUAUAAGCGACGGUGCAAUGGUUUACACUGCUGUUUGUUUUUAUAUGGACUGAAUUUGUAUUUCUGUAAUGUUUCAAAGCAUUAGUGAUGAUGUUAUUUGUUUGUAAAUGUGCAUAGACCAUGCAUAUGUUUCUACGGUUGUUGUUCCUUUAGAGUCAUUAACAUCCCAGACAUUUAGCGUAUAAGAGCUAAGGGUGUGAUUCAUUGGAAAGGAAUGAGACAAAAAUACUGAUGGCUACAUUUUUUUUUGCACUUUUUUAAAAAAUCUUGCUGACUGGGCUCGAGAAAGAAAAGCGACCGCGAAGAGUUCAGCUUGUCUGAAAACAGUGUCACGGCCUCAGAAACUGAUGUGCAUGUGUAUUUUUUUCCUUCCCUACAUUAUUAUUCUACAUUCAUACAGACUACACUCCUCAGCCAGUGUUGAGAUGCAGAGAAUGAGAAGUAGUCUGGGGGGAAGGAGAAACUUGAGACUUCAGAGGAUCAAUAAAAAAAAGGUCAUCGUUUUUUUUAAAAGUUUGAAUCCAGUGAGAAAAAAAAACAAUUGACUGCAUAAAAUUAAAACAAAGUGCAUGUUUUUGACAAAAUAAACAGUGAUAGUUUAGGUUUUAUGUUUUUUUUUCCUCAAUAGUGGAUAUGUAGAGUUUUUGGAGUAGCACUGGUUUACUUUAGACAUGACUGUAAAGUGAAAAUAUUUCAUGAAACGGGCCGUAUAGUACAGGCUAUUGACUGAAUCCAAAGAUUAUUUGGAAGUUGUGCAGUGCCAGGAUGAGGAAGCCAUUGUUAAAGGAAUAGUUUGACAUUUUUGGGACAUAUACUUCCUUUCUUUCUGGCGAAGCGCAUUUCCCAAAAUGUCAAACUUUCGUUUUUUACGUCACAUGAUAUGUGCCAUUGUGUAGCAUGGGCUAUUUAUCAUCCGAGCUUUUUUGCAGUUGACAAUUAUCGACAUUCCUCUGAGCAGCAGUCAGUUACAUUUGCCUGAAGUUCGUAUGGUGCAUUUUUCCUCCUGUACAUUCCAUGAAAGACAUAUUUAAUUUAAAAAUCCUGUAUUGUUAUAUGUCUGUCAUAUAAGCUAUUUGACAGUUAAGUUUUUUUUUAAAAACUUGUUCUCAAUUAAUUUAUUGAAUGUUUUGUUAUUAUUAUUUUACCUUUCAGCCACCUAAGCAUUGUCUUAGCAUGCGUCCCAGUUCAACAGAACGGUUUCAAACAACCAGGCUUCAUCCGACAUGGAGAGUGAAUGUUUUGAACUGUAAACAUGUUAAGACAACGUCUGAAUGGGGCGUCAGAAUAAGUGUUGAAUGUUCAUCCUUCUACCCGUCAUUAAGCCUUUUUCUCUUAGAUGAAUGUCAAAGAUUGAUUUAUUUUUGUCAUCCUACUGUGCCACCCAACUGCUGCACAUCAACUCAGGUUCAAUUAUCAUGUGUAGUUAAAGUGGACAAGCUGUUAAGAGUGAUUUUCUAAAGGCGGGAGUCCCCCAGGGCGGCGUAUUAGUCCCACUACAUUUUUUAUUAUGGGAGAGGAAGCUUGAAAGUUUACUUUUGUCAGCUCGACUGUAGGUUUCCCUUUUUGAAGUUGCUGUAUUGUGAAAGUAGUAACUGUUUUUUUUCUACCUUUAGACUAUAGAGUUCGUAAUGGGAAAAUGAGAAAAGCUGGGAGGUUUUUUUUCUGUAGCAAAGAGGAAGUUUGAAGCCCAGUAGGGAACCAUUUUUAAGUGACCAUUGUGCUACCCUCAACCUCUCCGUUUGUGAAUGUGAAAUGUACAUUUUUGUAUAAGAAAAAGAUAACUUAUGAGGUCAAAAAGAAAUAUUUUUAAUGUUUCCUUGUGCAACUCUGACUCUGGGAGGGGAAAAUGUUUACCUUCAGUGUUUCUUUUCCAGAAAUGAAAAUAAAUGUUAAAGAUAAAUGUAAAAAAAAAA